GCAACAAGUUUUUGUUGUAAAAUCGUGAAAUCUCUCUUGAUUUAUCAAACUAUUAAUAUUUAUUUAGUAGAAAACACUAAUUAUGCGAUUGGCUAAGAUGUAAAAGAGGUACAAGCAACUAAAAUUGUUGGAAGUGCGGUUUAUUGAAGAUUUUAAACUUAAAUAAUUUACAAAACGAUGUCUGCUGAAGAAAAUUUUGAACAGUUUGAGGAUGAAGAAGCAGAAAUUCCAAUUGGUGGCACUCUGCCUGGUGGAAGGAAACGGCUCUUCUCCAAAGAACUACGAUGUAUGAUGUAUGGCUUCGGCGACGAUCAGAAUCCUUAUACGGAAAGCGUCGAUCUGUUGGAGGAUUUGGUUAUUGAGUUCAUAACAGAGAUGACACAUCGAGCCAUGGAGAUUGGACGUACGGGACGAGUUCAAGUGGAAGAUAUUGUAUUUUUAGUAAGAAAGGAUUCCAGGAAAUAUGCCAGAGUGAAAGAUCUUUUAACAAUGAAUGAGGAACUUAAGAAAGCAAGAAAGGCUUUUGACGAGGUUAAAUAUGCAGAAUAACAUCAUUGAGUCCCACACCUUCGUAAGAAGAACCGCACAGUG